CCCUCCCUCUAUCACCUUUCUCCAAACCCCACCAUUUCUCCCCCUUUUAUAUCUCUUCCUUUUUCUUUUCUGUCGCACAAAUGGAACCACCACCGCCACCACCGUCAUUGCCGCCGCUCCUACCGCCACUACAGCAACAGGAACACCAUCCAUCAUUACCGGAGUUAAACUUGGAGAAUCUCAAAGCCAUCAAAGUCUUAGGCAAAGGAGCUAUGGGGACAGUUUUUCUUGUCCACGACAGGGCAGCUGACGCCGGUGCAAAGAAUCCUUAUGCUCUCAAAGUCGUCGAUAAAACCACGCUGAACACCAAAUUUGAAGCUGAACGUCGUGCACGGUGGGAAAUUCAAGUCUUGAAGAAACUUUCCGGCGAUAAUAGUCACCCGUUUCUUCCGCAUUUAAUAUCUUCAUCGGAAACAUCAGAAUUUCUAGCGUGGGCUGUCCCUUAUUGUCCAGGUGGCGAUCUUAACGUGCUCCGGUACCAUCAAAACGACCGCGUGUUCUCAUCUGCGGUGGUUCGGUUUUACUUAGCUGAGAUUGUCUGCGCUGUCGAACAUUUGCAUGAGAUGGGGAUUGUUUAUAGAGACUUGAAGCCGGAAAAUAUCCUCAUACAACAAUCCGGCCACGUGACUCUCACGGACUUCGACCUUUCACGUACGUUAAACAAACCGACCGUUAAAUCUAUUCUGUCUUCUUCCACGUCAGCUCACCAUAAUCUUCCGUUAGAAAAGAAACCGAGUUCCGUCCAUCAUCGAAAUUUAACCCGUUGGCUCCCCAUGAUUCCCGUUAGCGACAAAACCGGUCUAAGAAAAGCCAAAUCUGCUCGAGUUAGCCCAGUGAGUCGUAAGAAACUCAGUUUUACCAACGGAGAACGAUCCAACUCUUUCGUUGGCACGGAGGAAUACGUCUCGCCGGAAAUCAUACGUGGCGAGGGCCAUGAGUUUUCUGUUGACUGGUGGGCCUUCGGAAUUUUAACAUAUGAGAUGCUGUAUGGGACGACGCCGUUUAAAGGGACGAACCGAAAAGAAACGUUUCGGAACAUUCUAUACAAGAAACCGGAGUUCGUGGGGAAACGAAACGAGUUGACGGAUUUGAUCGAACGGUUGUUAGAGAAGGAUCCAACGAAGAGGCUAGGAUAUCAACGUGGCGCGUGUGAGAUCAAGGAGCACGUGUUCUUUAAAGGCGUUACGUGGGACCUACUAACGGAAGUAUUACGGCCACCGUAUAUUCCGGCUCGAGAUGAUGUUAAUAAUUUAACGGAAAAAGUAACGUCAGGUGGGGGUGGUAUUGAUAUUAGAGAGUACUUUCAGGAUUUAAGAAAACCGCCGUCACUUCCUCCGUCACCGUUACCGUCACCGUCGUCAGACUGUCAAAAGAAGAUGUGGGUGGAGUUUUAACCGCACGAGUGGGCAGUUUGGCACGUGUAGGAGAUAAUUAGUUUAGCAUAAUUUUCUUUCAUAAUUUUUAUACAUGAUGACUGAACUGUAUUUGUGUACAUAAAAAUAAUUGGGAACAUUAUUCAGUGAUUAUUGAAAGAAAAAAAACUGCAAUCAUUCUGUUAUUUUUAUUAUUUAAUAUUUUAUUUUUAAUAUUAA